AUGGACGAGGAAUACGAUGCAAUCGUUCUAGGAACCGGUCUCAAGGAAUGCAUUCUGUCCGGAAUGCUCUCCGUGUCGGGUAAAAAAAUUCUUCAUAUCGACAGAAACAACUAUUAUGGUGGUGAAUCGGCCUCUUUGACACCGUUAGAGCAACUCUUUGAGAAAUUCCUUGGACCGAAUGCGAAGCCACCGACAGACAUGGGUCGAGGGAGAGACUGGAAUGUGGAUUUGAUCCCGAAGUUUUUAAUGGCUAAUGGCUCACUGGUUAAGCUACUGAUCCAUACGGGCGUAACCCGCUACCUCGAAUUCAAGUCAAUUGAGGGAUCGUAUGUGUAUAAAGGUGGUAAAAUCUAUAAGGUACCGGCCGAUGAAAUGGAGGCACUUGCAACAAGCUUGAUGGGAAUGUUCGAGAAGAGGCGUUUCAAGAAGUUCCUGAUUUGGGUGCAAAACUUUGAUAUCAACAAUAAGGCAACUUACGAAGGAAUGGAUCCGACAAUUCAUACGAUGCAACAGGUUUAUGACAAGUUUGGUCUCGACGAGAAUACAGCUGAUUUCACCGGUCAUGCACUAGCACUCUAUCGGGAUGAUAACUAUAAGAACGAACUGUUUGGUCCGUCUGUCGAGAAGAUUCGCCUUUAUUCGGAUUCACUAGCCCGUUAUGGCAAAUCGCCAUAUCUGUAUCCCCUGUAUGGACUCGGUGAACUACCACAAGGGUUUGCUAGGUUGAGUGCUAUUUACGGUGGUACAUAUAUGUUGGAUAAACCGGUGGAGAAAUUAGUGUAUGAAAAUGGGAAGGUGAUUGGUGUUCAAAGCGGUGUAGAUGUGGUAAAAUGCAAACAGGUUUAUUGUGAUCCGUCGUAUGUUGCUGAUAAAGUGAAGAAAGUGGGUCAAGUGAUUCGUGCGAUAUGUCUUUUAAAUCAUACCAUUCCGAACACGAACGAUGCGCAAAGCUGCCAAAUCAUCAUUCCUCAAAAGCAAGUGGGGCGUCAUUACGAUAUUUAUAUUUCAUUGGUAUCAAACGUGAAUAUGGUGGCACCAAAAGGCUGGUAUAUUGCGAUGGUGUCGACUACUGUGGAAACCGAUAAUCCAGAAGAGGAGAUUCAACCAGGACUGCAACUUCUUGGAUCUAUCACAGAGAAAUUCGUUCGUAUUUCGGACGUAUAUGAACCAACGGAUAUGGGUAGCGAAUCGCAGGUGUUCAUCUCACGUUCGUAUGAUCCAACAACGCAUUUUGAGACGACUUGUAAAGAUGUACUCGAUAUAUUCCAGCGAGGCACGGCUACUGAGUUUGACUUCUCGAAAAUUACGCAUCUCUCGCUUGAAGAUCAAGAAUAA